AUGCGCAUUGGAGCAAACGAACUGGGUCGAGUGGAGCACGAGUAUACGCUCAAGCUGUUGCUGGUGGGCGAUUCGGAUGUUGGCAAGGAAGAAAUAACGGAUGUUCUCGGAUCCACCGAUUCGGCUUACGAACCGGAACCGGAUGCAUCUGGGCAGGGGCGCUUUUCUACCAUUAUCAAAUCGUAUUCGCGAGGAGUUCAUGGCAUUCUUCUGGUUUACGAUAUCACAAAUCGGUGGUCUUUCGACGGGAUACGUCGAUGGCUUACAGAAAUUGAUGAGCAUGCACCUGGUGUUCCGAGAAUUCUGAUCGGCAACAGACUUCAUUUGGAAUUCAAUCGAGCCGUCUCACGGUGCGAAGCGGAAUGUUUUGCGCACAAAAGGAACAUGCAAUAUUUUGAGAUAUCAGCUUUGGCUUAUUUCAAUGUGUAUGAAAGUAUCACGGAACUUGCGCGUCUUGUGAUUUCGAGGAAUGGGAUGCGUCGCCUGUGGAGAAAAUCGCAAGUUGCUUCACUGCAAGAUUUAUGCUCUCGGAUAAUUGUAAAAAACAUUUCAAACGUCCAUGCUAUCUAUCGCCUGCCACUGCCAUCAGCCUUGAAUGUUGCAAAAGGUGAACCCAUGCAUCUGUAUCAUAAAACUGCCAACAAAUGUCUUUCGCGCUUCUUGCGAUCAAGAAAAUCGAAAAAUCGUUUUCAAAAUGGAAACUGUGGCGUUAUGUAA